CGCUGCUGGAACUUAAUGUUGAUGCAGGAACGCGGAGACUAAACCGAGGAUAAGCGAGUGCUGAUUGCUCUCGUCUUACCAACGUCUCGAUCGUAUCUCCUCGUCAUGUAAACACCUACAGGCGCCGGCAUGGCGUCAAGGCUAGGCCUUCGUAGGCUUGAAAUCGCAGCAAAAUCAAUACUACACCCAACCGCUGUGAGAUGGCAGCCAAGCCCCUGUAUCCGCUGCCAGCGACGAUGGCAGUCCAUCUCCCAGAAGAUCGGAAGCGACAGGGUCCACUUCCCUGGCGCCGUCAACUCCCAGUUUACAACCCAGCUAGCCUUCACCCGUCCCGCCGACCUUCCUGGCAUGCCCACCUACCGCAUCCUGGACCAAGAAGGCCGCAUAGUAGACCAAGCACACGCUCCCCCGGAUAUUGAGACCAAGGAACUGCUGAGGAUGUACCGCGACAUGGUGUUCGUUAGCAUAAUGGACAUCAUCAUGUUCGACGCACAGCGCCAGGGUCGGGUCUCAUUCUACAUGGUCUCUGCGGGCGAAGAAGGCAUCGCAGUCGGUUCCGCCUCGGCUCUAAGUCCCAACGAUCCUAUCUUUGCGCAGUAUCGCGAGACGGGCAUCUUCCAGUACCGCGGCUUCACGCCCGCAGACUUUAUGGCGCAAUUGUUCGCUACCAAGGAUGAUCCGGGACGGGGACGCAACAUGCCGGUGCAUUACGGGAGUGCGAAGUUGAGGAUCCACACGAUAAGUAGUCCGCUCGCAACGCAGAUCCCACAAGCGAGCGGGGCGGGUUACGCAGUCAAGAUGCAGAACUUGCGCAACCCGACCGACGAGCAGCGGGUGGUGGCGUGUUAUUUCGGCGAGGGCGCGGCGAGCGAGGGUGACUUCCACGCUGCGUUGAAUAUCGCGGCCACGAGAGCAUGCCCGGUGGUCUUCAUUUGCAGGAACAAUGGGUUUGCGAUCUCCACCCCAACAUUAGAGCAGUAUCGCGGCGACGGAAUCGCCUCGAGAGGCGUGGGGUAUGGCAUCGAUACCAUCCGUGUGGAUGGGAACGAUAUCCUAGCAGUCCGCGAAGUCACGAGACAAGCUCGCGAAUUGGCGCUGCAAGACAACGGCCGGCCCGUGCUGAUCGAAGCAAUGUCAUACCGUGUAAGCCAUCAUAGCACUUCAGACGACUCCUUCGCGUACCGCGCCAAAGUCGAAGUCGAGGAUUGGAAACGCCGCGAUAACCCCAUCACCCGUUUGCGGAAGUACUUGCAAGGAAAGGGUCUGUGGGAUGACGAGCGAGAAGCUGCGUUGCGGAGUGACGCGCGGAAGGAGAUUCUGGAGGCGUACCGGAAGGCGGAGAGGGAGAAGCAUCCUCCACUGAGAGCGAUGAUGGAGGAUGUGUAUGAGGAGAUGACGGAGGAGCAGGUCGGGCAGCUGGAGAAGAUGAGGGGUUUGGUGGAGAGGUACGAGGGGGAGUAUGAUGUUAGUCGCUAUGAGGAGGGCAUAGCUGGGCUGAGAUUAAAGGAGGUCAAGCGAUGAUUCUGCAAGGCGCAAAUCGAGUC